GUGAGUUUACCCGUAUGAGGCGGUGAGAGGCCCGGGGCCUACCUCAAAGGAGCGGGGUCGCGGCGCCGCGGCGCCAGCUAGCAGCGGGCCCCCUCUGGUCCCCGGGCCCGGCGGCGCGGCGGCUCGGUUGUGAGGAGGCGGGGAAGCGGGUGUCCGGCCCCAGACAUGGAGGGCAUGGACGUGGACCUGGACCCCGAGCUAAUGCAGAAGUUCAGCUGUCUGGGCACCACCGACAAGGACGUGCUCAUCUCCGAGUUCCAGCGGCUGCUCGGCUUCCAGCUCAACCCGGCCGGCUGCGCCUUUUUCCUGGACAUGACCAACUGGAACCUACAAGCAGCAAUUGGCGCCUAUUAUGACUUCGAGAGCCCAAACAUCAGUAUGCCCUCUAUGUCUUUUGUUGAAGAUGUCACCAUAGGAGAAGGGGAGUCAAUACCUCCUGAUACUCAGUUUAUAAAAACAUGGCGGAUCCAGAAUUCUGGGGCAGAGGCCUGGCCUCCAGGGGUUUGUCUUAAAUAUGUCGGGGGAGACCAGUUUGGACACGUGAACAUGGUGAUGGUGAGAUCGCUAGAGCCCCAGGAGAUUGCAGAUGUCAGCGUCCAGAUGUGCAGUCCCAGCAGAGCAGGAAUGUAUCAGGGACAGUGGCGGAUGUGCACUGCUACAGGACUCUACUAUGGAGAUGUCAUCUGGGUGAUUCUCAGUGUGGAGGUGGGUGGACUUUUAGGAGUAACGCAGCAGCUGUCAUCUUUCGAAACGGAGUUCAACACACAGCCACAUCGCAAGGUAGAAGGAAACUUCAACCCGUUUGCCUCUCCCCAAAAGAACCGACAAUCAGAUGAAAACAACUUAAAAGACCCUGGGGGUUCCGAGUUCGACUCGAUCAGCAAAAACACAUGGGCUCCUGCUCCUGACCAAACCGAGCAAGAUGAGAAUAGACUCUCACAGAACUCUGUAAAUCUGUCCCCCAGCAGUCACGCAAACAACUUAUCAGUAGUGACUUACAGUAAGGGGCUCCACGGGCCUUACCCCUUCGGCCAGUCUUAAACGGGUGUCAGCAAGAAGAAAAAUUAACAAAAGACAGAAGGUCUGACUUUGGUGGGGGGCGGGCAAGGGGUUCCUCUGGAUUGCAGACCACAUCGCACGGACCUCUGGCUCUGACCGUCCAUCCUGGAAGAAGAGGAAGAAGCAGAACAGACUAGUUUUGAGUAAACUCAGUGUGCAUGUGUGAAUGCUGAAUCGCUGGAGUGGUGUUGAGGCUACCAAGAAGAAAUCCAUGCAGCCACCUUGGGUUUUGUUUAUUAGGCGUCAGUCUAACAGUCAUUAGGUCACUCGGGAAGGGAAAAACGUUUAAAAUGGGGGAAAAAAGCCAUCUUUUUAAACAAAAAUUAUUUUGCCUACAGACAGGUUGUAGUUUUGAACACACGUUAAUUUUUCCCCUUUCCGCACUUCUAUUUUAUUUUUUUUAGAUAAGGGAUAACAUACUCUUUAUAGAAUAGCUGCUUGCUCUGGGAGCGAUUCAGAUUCAGAGUUGGUGUGGCAUGUUUGGGGCCUCCGUGGGCGGUGCUGCAGGAGGGCAUCUGCUGUGACACGUGACCCAGAAGUCUCUAAUAGCAUCAGCCAUUACGCUAUCGCCCUUUUCCUCUUCUUUCUCUUUAAUCUUCUGUUGAUUUACACCUUUGACAUUUGUAUUAGUCAACCCUGUGGCUUGUUACCAUCAGAACCUCUCUGAAGACCAAACUUCCCUGUGUAGCCAACAGAGGAAGCCUUGAGGACAGGUCUCGGGUGACGUGGGAGUGGCUGAGGCUGAGAGGUGUCCUUUUGCACACACUUGUAACAGUUCAGAUUGCUUUUCUCCCGUGUUUCUCCUGGCAGAAAUGCCAUCAUGCUUGCUGCUUUUUGGCUUCUUCACCCACAGUGGUUCCCUGCUCACUCCGGGGACAGUGCCUCUGUGCUCGUCUGCCAUGUGCACACACUCAUGUGGGAGCAGCUCCCCGCAGUGUGAAGUGAGGGUCCCAUGCUUCUCUGUUGUCACACAGCUCCCUUCCCUUUGUUUCCUCUCAGUUGUCUUUUGUGGUGUUUUCACAGCCUGUUAGUGGAGGCUGAGCUGUCAAAGUAUGAAAAUAUAACCACAAAUGAGGAAUUUGCCAUGGGGAAGGGCCAGAGUUAUUGUGUGAUCUUGGAGACCAUACUUUGAAGGAAGUAAGAGGACCCCCAUCCUGGCCAUGAUGCCUGGUUUUGGGGAGGUGGUGGGCAAGGGGCCACCCAGCCAGAGCAGAGGCUGAUCGGCUGGCUGCUCCCUUGGACAGGUGGCCCCACUGGCAUCCUGUGGAUUCCGAGCUGGUGAGAUAUGUGGAUAUCUCCAUGGGAAGCUUGAACCAGGCUAGAACAGCUGUCUGCCAAAGAUACAAGAAUAUGCAAAGUCCCUCUUCUCACCCCCCUCCUUCCCUCGAGUGUUGGUUGGUUUGAUAGCCAGGAAUAUGGAUCUAGGGUGCAGUUGCCUGCCUGUUACCACACCCCAACCCAUGCCAGGGGUGAGAGUCAAGGAAGGAGACCAGGUGAUGAGUGGCUGCAAGGGGUCAUAUAGCCUGGGUGUGGUGAGGGUCUGUCUGCCUGUCUGUCUCUGUCUGGGUGUGUGAGUUCCAAAAAUGUGUGUUGUUUGUUCCUCCUCAUCCUCUUCUGAGACUGUUUUUUAAAAGCUUGAUUGUGGGAGAUAAGCUUGUAUGAAAUACCCUUUUGCCUCCUACCUCCCAAAAAAUAAAAGGGGGGUUAUAUUUUGGUCCACUGGAGAAGCCCUGGGGGAGGUGGAGCCAGUCUGCUUCAGAGCAGUACGGGUAGGUCUGGGGCUGGACUAGGGCUCACACUGGAGCACACACUUUAUGCACACGAAGAGGGCCCCCAUUCCUGAGCGGAGCAGAGGGGAGUCCCUGUCAGGUGCCCAAGCCAGGGGCUCACGAUAGAUUUUUGGCUGAGGGCCCUGUUAGGCCCAAACUGCAACUACUGCUGGUGCCAACCUCCUGGGACACCGCCACCCUGGAGCCCACCCAUGCCCACCGUUCUUAUUUGCUAGCCCUCAAAGCAGCACAUCUCCAGCUUCCUCUGGCAGGCUCGUGGGGCUUUCCAGCCCCUGGUUUCCUGGCUUUCUCAUCUGCCCCACGCAAGGUGCCGCUUCACUGUUUCCCAGGAGGGGCUGCUACCGUUACUCAGCAGAGAUCCUGCUCCUCUUGCUUGUAGGUAACCUGACCUGGCAAGGUAACUGUCCCAAGCACGCUGGCUUCUCUCCCAAGAACAAACCAUUUCUGUAUACAUCCUUGCAGAGGGCAGAGCAAGCGUAAGCCAUGGAGUAGGGGCAGGGAGUCCAUUGCUCCCCAGGACCAGGGGGCUAGCAGUACCAUUCAUUCUGCCUCCUCUCACAGGUUUGAGUGCUUAGAGCCCCUCCUCCCUGCUAGUGGGUAGUGGAGGCUACUCUCUCAGCCCCAGUAGCCUCUGCUCUUCACCAAACAGCAGCUGCCUGUGGGCAGGACCACCAGUGUCAUACCCACAAGGUGAGACAGGCUCCAUCCUUAGGGGCCUGAGUCCAGUGUGGGAGGCAGAGGGGCUCGGGCUCAGGAAGAGCCUGUCUGUGUGCAUGGAGUGAGGUGUGUGUGGAUAUGUGUGCACGCGUGCAUGCUUUUUUUUUUUU